UACAGGAAGUACACAGUAUUCACAUUCAGUUUCCGUUAUAUAACCAGUUUGACGAGGGGUUUUUGGACUUUUACCUACGUAUGUUUUGUUCUUUUACGUUGUAGCUAACGUUACAUCGGCUCCAGCAAUGAGUGCAAUUAUCCCUCGGAUAGAGCAGCUGUCUGCCAGAGUUGUUCGGGUUUUGGGCUGUAACCCGGGACCGAUGACGCUGCAAGGAACUAACACUUACCUGGUCGGCACCGGGGAAAGGCGAGUGCUGAUAGACACAGGAGAACCUGCUGUACCUGAAUACAUCAGCAGUCUGAAACAGGUACUGAGGCAGUUCAACACCAGCAUCCAGGAGAUCAUCGUCACACACUGGCAUAACGACCACAUAGGCGGAGUGGAAGAUAUCUGCAGGGACAUCGCUGGUGAGGACAGUUCUGAGGUCCGAGUCAGCAAACUGCCUCGCUCCAGCCAAGUCAGAGAGACAGCUGGAAACAAAAGCUUUACAUACCUGAAAGAUGGAGAUGUUGUCCAGACGGAGGGGGCCACACUCAAAGUGCUGUUCACCCCGGGCCACACCGACGACCACAUGGCCUUGCUGCUGGAGGAGGAGCGGGCGCUCUUCUCUGGAGACUGCAUCCUGGGCGAAGGCACAGCCGUGUUCGAGGAUCUCUAUGACUACAUGAAAUCUCUGAAGAUCCUGCUGGACUCUCAGGCCGACCUCAUCUACCCCGGUCACGGACCUGUGGUUCAGGAUCCUGGCUCUAAGAUCAGACACUACAUCAGCCACCGGGACCAAAGAGAGCAGCAGAUCCUGGCAGCCGUUCAGGCUGGAGCAGGAAAGCCUUUCUCCUCAAUGGAGCUCGUCAAGAUAGUCUAUAAGGACACCCCUGAACACCUUCACCAAGCAGCUAAUGUGAACCUGGUCCAUCACUUAAAAAAACUGGAGAAAGAAGGCAAGAUCAGCCUGGUGAACGAAUCUUCACAGAACAUCAAAUGGAGGAGUAACCUGUGAUGUCCAGAGUCUGAGAAGACGUGCACUCUAAUUGACCAUUUGGCCAGGAUGAUGAAAAUCCAUCUGGUUGACAGUUGAUAAUUUUUCUCUCAAAAAUGAUCACCUUUCGCUUUUGGCGUAAUGUUUAUCGUUUCCUUAGAUCUGAUGAUUGGCAGAUGUGUUAAUGGAAAAUCAGGGAUGAUGAUCGCACUUGUUGCCUUGGAUGUUUCCUAACUCAGCUUAUACAAAACAAGGACUGGGCUGCAGCCUGUGUCAAAAGUUUAACCAGGCCAAAAUUUGUCAGAAGGUCAGCUGAAUUUUGCCUGUGGCAGAAUGGAAGAUUAGACACAUCCUACAAUGUGAUCACUGUGCCACAGUGCCCCCAUCUGCCUGAAUUCAAUUGCCUGUCUCCUUUUUCUUCUGGCAGAAGGCUUUUUUCCCUAAAUUUAGCCUCUCAGGCAGCACUUUUUCUGACUUCAAACAAAUCUUGCUGCCUUUGCUGAAAUGAUCAGACUCUCUAACUCCAUCUAGAAUAUAAUCCUAAACAGCUAUUUGGUUAGUGAAAUAACCAUUUUAUUAGUGGAGUCUGGUACAAAACCCUGUCCUUUGCCUCAUCCUCUUCCUCCUCGGUUGCAGGACUUUAUCAACUGAUAUAAAAGGUCCUUUAACUCAAGAAAAACUUUUUUCCUGGGUAUAAAACUUCCUUAGGACUUAAUAAUACAUGCAUAUGUGUAUGAUGUAAAUAGGACAUACAGUGAUGCACAUUAUAUGGUGAUAUACAGUAUAUACAGCAUGCCUCGCCAUUACUGGUGUAUGUUCACUUGAUCUCAUGCGUACUGGAGAAUAUUUUCCUGGACAAUAAUUGUGUUUACCUGAGUAUCUUAUGGGGAGUAAUAUCUGGGUUUGUAUUGGUUGGGGAAAAUGUGUUCUUUUUCUUCAGGGAUGAAGGCACACCUGUAUGGAUACACUGGGUAAAGAAAAGUCAGUAGGAAGAAAAAGGCUGAGAGUAGAGUAAAUAAAAUGUUCUCAUAGACUGCUGGGAUUGACAGAUGACAGAUGCUUUUACAUGAUGUGGUGACAAAAUGACAAUAUAUAUUUCUAUCCAGUUUUUUUUUUUUUUUAUCUGCUGUCCCCUGAUUAGAACUUUUAUUUAAUCUAGUCUCUAGUGUCUUUUCAGUCUUGGUAAUUAAGCACUUGUUCUAGUAAUGCUGCACAAAUUCAGUCAGUCACUAGGUGGCAGCAUUUGCUAAUUAAUUUUAUUAGGAGAUAACUUGAACAGUAAAUUAUAAUAUUGUAACAUAUGCCAAACAUUAUAAAUGUUUUGAAUGUGUUAAAAAUAAAAAAAAGAAAGAAUA